AUGGCAUUUUUCAUAACUACCACUGUGGUGACAUCUGUGUAUCCAUGUUUUGGGCAAAAGAAUAUUGACGAUGAACCACUGGUUAAUCAUGGUCGUGAUAUGGAUGCAGUGAAGGCGAUCUCUCCUGCUUCGCAAGAUUACAAUUGGGAUAUGCUCGAGAACCUCCAAACAAAAUACAUGAUGUAUAUCGGAACCUGCAUGAAUACGAUGGAGAGUGAUUUUAGGAAUUGUAAUGAAGAUGUCAUUGAGGAGAUUCUUACGAAGAAACCUGUUUCCAGAGAGUGUUGUAUGAAGGUAGUAAAAGCUGGAAAAAAAUGCUACAUGGAGAUUAGAAAGGUGAUGUUUCAAUUUUAUCAACUCAAACGCUUUGCUUCUCAAGUUUCUUUCAGAACUAAUGAGGUUUGA